AUGUGGGAACUCCGGUCAAUAGCCUUCUCACGGGCUGUGUUUGCAGAGUUCCUGGCCACACUCGUCUUUGUCUUCUUUGGCCUUGGCUCAGCCCUCAACUGGCACCAAGACCUGCCCUCUGUGCUGCAGAUCGCUAUGGCCUUUGGCCUGGCGAUCGGUACCUUGGUGCAGGCCCUGGGUCACAUCAGCGGGGCCCACAUCAACCCUGCGGUGACCGUGGCCUGCCUGGUGGGCUGCCACGUCUCCUUUCUCCGAGCCGUCUUCUACGUGGCCGCCCAGCUGCUGGGGGCGGUGGCAGGAGCUGCGUUGCUCCAUGAAGUCACGCCCUCCGACGUCCGAGGGGACCUGGCCAUCAACGCGCUCAGCAACAACACGACAGCUGGCCAGGCCGUAACGGUGGAGCUUUUCCUGACCCUGCAGCUGGUGCUCUGCAUCUUUGCCUCCACGGAUGAGCGGCGUGGAGACAGCCUGGGCACCCCAGCCCUCUCCAUUGGUUUCUCCGUGACUCUGGGCCACCUCCUCGGGAUCCACUACACCGGCUGCUCCAUGAACCCGGCCCGCUCCCUGGCUCCCGCCGUCGUCACGGGCAAGUUUGAUGACCACUGGGUAUUCUGGGUGGGGCCCAUCGUGGGAGCUGCCCUGGCCGCCAUCCUCUACUUCUACCUGCUCUUCCCCAACUCUCUGAGCCUGAGUGAGCGUGUGGCCGUUGUCAAGGGCACUUACGAGCCCGACGAGGACUGGGAGGAGCAACGGGAGGAGCGGAAGAAGACCAUGGAGCUGACUGCCCACUGACCAAGUCAGACAAGGGCCGGCCCCUCAGCUGCUGAACCCCAGGGGGAGAAGAAAGCUAUCACAGUGACACUUGCUUCCCCCACGGCUGGGUCCUUUGGGCUGGGGGCUGGGGAGGAGGUGCUGGCUCCCCAGCUGCAGCUAGAGAUGGGGGCAGGAACCCAUGAUGGGCCUGUUGGGGUGGGUGCCAGGGGCUGGUGGGAGGGGUCUCUUUGGGGCAGGACCCACUGCGAGUGAGGUCGGACCUCAGGGGCUGUGAAGGUCAUGUCAUAUUCGCGGCUGCCCCACGGCCAGGCCACAAGGGGUGGCCUGCAGUGAGCACCCCCCUCCUCAAGAGCCAAAUGGACCCCCGCCCCAGGACAGCAGAGGGUAACCCGUCCCCCGAGCUCCUUAGGAGGGAGACAGGCUGGGUGACUGAAUGCCACAUUAUUUAUUUCUGGCUUGGGUAGGGCUGCUGGUGUUUGGGGUGGGGACUUCCCAAUAAAUCACUG